AUGGAGGUGUCAAGGAGACAACAGAUUUUCCAUUUUGAUAUUGACAUCGGUGAACUGAUUUCAUCUCAUGAAGUAUGUGUUCCUCCUGGUGUAAAUUUCUGUGUGGUUGAUUCAGAGGCUCCAUGUGUUGUUCAGGAACAGUCAAGUUUUGAAACAAGUAUAUCGCCACCUUGUAGGGGUGAGGGGCAUCGCCGCUCUGCUGGACUUAGGCAAUUAUUACAAGUCGUGCCAUCUGAAGCAUAUUCUUUGCCGUAUGUGCCUUCUUGCAGACAUUAUGAAUCUGCACAUUUUAAGACCUAUGUUCGAACUUAUAAUAACAAGUUCGCGUUUACAUCCUUUGGAGUUGAAUUCGAUGAAGAUCUUUGCAGACGGAAUAGAGGAAUUUAUACCUUUCGAACUCAGGGACAGAUCUAUCACUAUAUCAAUGAUUUAAUCCCUUUAAAUGGCCGUCCUUCUUAUCUUCAAUUGUAUUUCUAUGAUACGGAGCAUGAAUUAGAAAAUCGCAUUUCUGAUUCAGACAGAAUGAAUCCAUCAAUUAUAGCUCAACUCAUCGAUAUUCUUCACAUCAAUCCAUAUUCUCUGUUCUUUCGAUCUCUUGGUGAUUUGUCAAAUUUGGAAAAUCAAGUAAUCCAUAUAAGAUCAGAUGCUGGUCUAGAUCAACGUGUAUUCAAUGUCCCGACAUCUUCACAAGUUGCAGCAAUAUGGGUUGAAAAUGAAGAUGCAGAUCAGCUAAGAGGACGAGACAUUUAUGUCUUUAGUCAUUCUGGUGGAAGUCAUAUAAUUCAAUAUUAUUUUGGCUGCUAUGAUCCACUUCAGUAUCCGUUGUUAUUUCCUCUUGGCGAUACUAGUUGGCACCAAGGCAUUCAAAGGGUCAAUAGAGGAAGCACAUUAACAAGUAACAAAACAACCCGAUCAAUAGAUCCUCAUCGAUCAAUAUCAACAGAAGAAUUACUUAGAAGAGAACAUCGAGCAUUGAACAGAAAAAGGAAUGAUCCAAUUGUUUCGUGUCGUGAAUAUUAUUGCUACAAGUUACAAAUCAGAGAAAAUGUCAGAUCAAUUUUGUUACUGUCUGGUCGCCUAUUGCAACAAUUUAUUGUCGAUAUGUAUGUUAAGAUCGAGACGUCAAGAUUAGAUUAUUUUCGUAGCAAACAACAACAUAUUCGAUCUGAGUUAUAUCAAGGUAUUGUUGAUACCAUUACACUUGGGGAAAUUGAUGCUUCUAAUGUUGGAAAACGGAUUAUUCUGCCUUCAUCAUUUAUUGGGGGUCCAAGAGAUAUGCAAAAAAAAUAUAUGGAAGUAAUGGGUUUAGUUCAGCGUUAUGGUAAACCAGACAUUUUUUUAACAAUGACGUGCAAUCCAAACUGGCAAGAAAUUUCAAAUGAAUUACGCCUGCAUGAGGAGAGUCAAAAUCGGCCUGAUUUGGUUGCUCGGGUCUUUCGUGCAAAAUUAGAAGAAUUAAAGGAUCGAUUAUUCAAGCAGCAGAUAUUUGGAAAAGUCUCGGCAUAUGUUUAUGUUAUUGAGCACCAAAAAAGAGGGCUUCCACAUGCGCAUUUUUUAAUUAUAUUACAGAGGAAUUGGAAACUCUAUGCGCUUGAAUCUUUUGAUGAGAUCGUAUCGGCAGAAAUACCUGAUAAAAACACAAAUUUACACUUGCAUAAUGCUGUUAUCAAGCAUAUGAUGCAUGAACCAUGUGGAGUGUUGAAUCCAACAAAUGUUUGCAUGAAAAAAAAUAGUUGUUGCAAAAGCCAAUAUCCAAAAAGUUAUGCAUUAGGUACGACUGUUGGAAAUGAUUGCUUCCCAAUAUAUAAGCUUUCUGACAAUGGAAUAACUGUCAAACUGAGAGGCCAUAAUUUGGAUAACCGUUGGGUCGUUCCAUAUAAUCCAUAUUUGCUUGCAACAUUUGACUGUCACAUUAAUGUGGAGAUUUGUUCUACGAUAAAAGCAGUCAAAUAUCUUUAUAAGUACGUUUACAAAGGGCAUGAUCGUGUUGCUUUCAAUUUGAUUUCCGAACAAACCAAUCAACAAAUUGACGAAAUCCAACAAUUCCAAUCGGCCCGAUGGAUUGCUCCACCUGAAGCUAUGUGGAAAAUAUACGGCUUCAUUGUUAAUGAAAUAGGACCUUUGUCGUUUGAAGAUCUUAGGACAGUUGAUGGUGUCGUGGCUCCAACAUUUCGUGAGGCAGCAACUAUGCAUGGUUUGCUACAAAGAGAUAGUAGCUUACAAGAUUGUUUACAUGAAGCAUCUCUAUAUCAAAUGCCAUCCAGUUUGAGACGACUAUUUGCAACUAUUUUGGUUUAUUGUAAUCCAACCAAUCCGAGAGAGCUUUGGGAAUGUUUUGAGCAAGAUAUGUCAGUUGAUUUUAGGUCGACUGAAAAUUCUAUGUCGGAUGUAAGAAUGCAAGUUUUGCGCUCAAUCUCUUUUACACUUGAAUCAAUGGGGAAAGACAUUAAUUCGUUCCAUCUUCUUGAUGACAACAUUUGUUUUGGUGAAGACCAACUCGAAUCUAGGGAAAUCGAUGAUGAAUUGGCUGUUGAAAUUCCAGAAGAAGAUAUUGUUGCAUCAGAAGCCCUUAAUAGUAAACAACGACAUGUCUAUAAUUCAGUUUUGGGAAAAGUUUUUUCUAAUGAAGCUGCUACAUUCUUUGUCGACGGCCCUGCUGGGACGGGGAAGACAUUCCUGUACAAGGCACUUCUUGCCGCAGUAAGAUCAAGAAAAUUAGUCGCACUUGCAACUGCUUCAUCUGGUGUUGCUGCAUCCAUCCUUCCUGGAGGUCGAACAGCACACUCGCGCUUUAAGAUUCCACUAGAUACUGAUGAACAUAGCAUAUGUUGUGUCAGUAAACAAAGUGCCAUCGCAAAGUUACUACGUGUGGUAAGGUUAAUUAUAUGGGAUGAGGCCCCUAUGCCAAGAAAACAACAUAUUCAAGUAUUAGAUAAAAUGCUACGAGACAUUAAUGAUUCAGAGUUAACAUUUGGUGGAAAAGUUGUCGUUUUUGGUGGCGAUUUUCGCCAGGUUUUACCUGUGGUUCAUAAAGGAACAAGACAAGAACAUGUUGACGCCAAUUUGGUUUCUUCUUACUUGUGGCCUACAUUGAUCAAGUUUCAUUUGACUGAAAAUAUGCGAGCAAGAUUGGAUCCAGUCUUUUCAGAAUAUGUGUUAGAAUUGGGCAAUGGAAUGCCACCAAUCACAGUUGAUGAAACUAUAAAAAUUCUUGAUGGCAUGCUUGUUCCUUACGAAGAUGACUGUACUUCUUUGGAUCAUUUAAUAGAUGCUGUUUUCCAUGAUAUUCAUGAAUAUUCAAUAAAUAUUUCAGCUAUGAUGAAUCGGGCCAUAUUAACACCAAAGAACAGUUAUGUUGAUGAAAUAAAUGCAUUGCUAAUUCAUAGAUUUCCUGGUGAGCUUAAGUGA